UGGCCAGAGUUAUCGGUACUAGUGCCAUCCCUAAGAAGACGCAUUUUUUAUCAAUAUUAUUGUAAAUUUUAGAAAACCUGAAUAAAAACUUGUUUGAAGAGAAGUUUUAAGCCAGGCCCCUAAUUAGCCAUGUCUAUAGAAAUCGAAUCAGCCGAUGUGAUCCGGCUUAUCCAGCAGUAUCUCAAGGAGUCCAACCUUAUGAAGACCCUGCAGACGUUACAGGAGGAAACGGGUGUCUCUCUAAACACAGUGGACAGCGUGGAUGGCUUUGUCCAGGACAUCUCCAAUGGUCAUUGGGACACUGUGUUAAAAGUUACGCAAUCCCUCAAACUACCGGAUAAAAAGCUGCUCAAUCUCUACGAACAAAUCGUACUGGAGCUGAUUGAACUGCGGGAAUUGGGCGCAGCCAGAUCCCUCCUCCGCCAAACGGAUCCCAUGAGCAUGUUGAAGCAGCAGGAACCAGAGCGAUACAUUCAUUUGGAAAAUAUGCUUCAGCGCGCCUAUUUCGACCCCAGGGAAGCCUAUGCGGAGGGCAGCAGCAAGGAAAAGCGGCGCACGGCCAUUUCCCAGGAGCUAAGUGGCGAGGUGCAUGUGGUACCCUCCUCCAGGCUCUUAGCUCUUCUGGGGCAGGCUCUAAAAUGGCAGCAGCAUCAGGGACUCCUGCCGCCCGGCACCACCAUUGAUUUGUUCCGAGGUAAGGCGGCCAUGAAGGAUCAGGAAGAGGAAAUGUAUCCCACCCAGCUGUUCCGGCAAAUCAAAUUCGGUCAGAAGUCGCACGUUGAGUGCGCCCAGUUUUCGCCGGAUGGUCAGUACCUGAUCACAGGUAGUGUAGACGGCUUUCUCGAAGUGUGGAACUUCACCACCGGCAAGGUGAGAAAGGAUUUGAAGUACCAGGCGCAGGACCAGUUCAUGAUGAUGGAGCAGGCUGUGCUGGCACUAAACUUUUCACGUGACUCCGAGAUGGUUGCCUCCGGCGCCCAGGAUGGCCAGAUCAAGGUGUGGCGCAUCAUCACCGGCCAGUGUCUGCGGAAAUUCGAAAAGGCCCACACCAAGGGAAUCACUUGCCUGCAGUUCUCGCGCGAUAACAGCCAGGUGCUCAGUGCUUCCUUCGACUAUACGGUGCGACUGCAUGGCCUGAAGUCCGGAAAGAUGCUGAAGGAGUUUAAGGGUCAUUCGUCCUUUGUGAACGAAGCCACCUUCACGCCCGAUGGCCACAGCGUGCUCAGCGCUUCCUCCGAUGGAACAGUGAAGGUGUGGUCCCUGAAAACUACCGAGUGCGUGGCCACGUACAAGCCCCUGGGCAACGAGUUGGCCGUCAAUACCGUCCUCAUCCUGCCCAAGAAUCCCGAGCACUUUAUCGUCUGCAAUCGGUCCAAUACGGUGGUCAUCAUGAACAUGCAGGGCCAGAUUGUGCGAUCCUUCUCGUCCGGUAAGCGCGAGGGUGGAGCCUUCAUCUCAGCCACUCUUUCGCCUCGAGGCGAGUUCAUCUACUGCGCUGGAGAGGAUCAAGUACUCUACUGUUUCUCCGUCUCAUCCGGCAAACUGGAACGUACUCUAAAUGUUCAUGAAAAGGACGUCAUUGGCCUGACCCAUCAUCCGCAUCAGAAUCUGUUGGCCAGCUACAGUGAGGACGGCCUGCUGAAGCUUUGGAAGCCGUAGAUCAUAUAAGCAAUUGACUUUCACACCUAGUUUUAGUUGGUACCCUAAGAUGAGCUACCUAAAUAUACCUAAUGCCCCCAAAGCA